UGCCCUUUUCAUCGAAAGCAGUCGGAAGGUUUUACUUGUGUUUCCUUUUAGUAAUGUUCAAGAUGCUUUGGCGGUGCGUUAUCUGCUGCACUUGUAUUACUUUUUAAUUGAAGCUGUUAUUGAGCCAUAGAAAUAGAUUGCACAUUUGCAGCCCUGAUUUCUAGUUGCUCUGUGGUAUUGAUGGAUGCACUGAGGAAUAUAGAGUGUAAAAUUCCUUCUAUCAUCAUGUAAAGAGAAGACCCCUUCAACACCUACUUGAAGGCAUCCGACCAGGUGAACAGCCAUCGGAGGAAAGCCAAGUACCACAAGACAACAUUCAACCCGAUCAGCUUCUCGCUAACUCCAACAUCACUGAUCAGCAACUCCAUACACAUGACUCGGAUGAAGGGCAAAGGGGCAUUGACCAACAUGGAGCUGUCACAGUGCAACAAUAAUGUCCAGUCUGCACAUGUCAGGAUAGUACAUUCAAUGUCAACAUUUUUUUAGCAUCUGACAACACAUGCCACUGCUUUUGUGGUAAAUGCCAGAGCCAAGCAUCGUCUCUCACAGGUGUGAAUUACAUUGUUGCUGGGCUAAGGCAGUAUCAAUCAUCACUAUUGGACAACCUCAGGAAGCAGAUGGAGUGCUAAAGAAGCAUUCAGGAAGCACAUCAGAAUACGUUGUAGUUUCUGUGCUGAGCCUCAAGGGGGCGAUGUCUGACAACAGCAGCAGCACAGGUAGCAGCCGCAGUGGGUCCUUGACCACCAGUUGGACCAUGCUGUCCCCAGAGGAAGCUGCUGAAAUUGUUGAUCCUGUGGAUGGUGGGACUGAGUGUCUUUGUGAUGUCCCUAGUCUGUCAGAGGAAGUCGCAGGGGCCACUGAAGAGUCUAAGCCGAGUGACCAGGAGACUCCAAUAGAAACAGUGUUGUCAGAGGAGGGCCAACAGGAAAUGGCUCCUGAUACCUGUGAGGGCCCUGUCCCCUCCAGACCUACCCUGUUAAGCCCAUCCCCGACUAGCGGUGUGCCCCUUGACCAUGACCUGGAGAGUCAACCUGAACCCCCCAUCAUCCAUUCUAUGGUAACCAGCUCCCCCACUGACAAUGAGCAACUCGCUGCCAUGCCCUUUGUCACUCAUGUCGACCUGGUUGUACCAUUGGAUGCAUCCUUCACAGAACCACCCCCCUCAGAGGUUGAGCCUGAGUUAAGCCCCGUCCCUGAGAGCUCUCCUCUUGAUACCCACACUGAUACAGGCCCUGUACCUGAGAGUAUUGCCCUAGAGACUAGUGCCCCUAGUGCCAAACACAACCUAAGCAUUCACACAGAGACUCCCACCCCAACGGGCCCCCCAUCUGACACUGUCACUGAUAUUGGCCCUGCCCCCGAAAGCCCAGCCCCUGAUAGUCCUCCUCCAGAUACCAUUGGUUCAGAGGAUGCAGCACAAGAGCCAUCACUGGAAAUGGGGGAGACAGAAUUACCUGAAAAAGUGACCGAUAUACCAAAGGAAAAAGAAUCUCCCAGUAGCUUUGACUUUGGAAGAGCUGAGGAAGGAAAUGGUCUGAGGAGGAGAAAUGUGGCACCAACAAUGACAUCGGAGGAGGAAGAUGAUGAGGAGGUGGAGUUCAAACUGGCAGAGGGGAAAGGGGGGAAGAAGGGCUUCUCUAUGAACACCUGCAUUGUGGCAGCCCUGGUCCUGCUCUGUCUAGGGUCCCUCUUCCUCUCCGAUGACUCGGAUGAGCUGAGUGGGGCAGAACAAAACCAGGACUGGCUAAACGAUCCUCAGAAGAUGAAGGAGCUUUUGGACAAACUGACACAAGAAAAUCAUCAAAUCUCCCAGUUAGAAACACAGCUCCAGGCCCAUAAAGAAGAACUUAACUCAGCACUAAAUGCAGGAUCAGCAACGGGUAAUGAAAACAGAAAAGGAGAUCUGGAGCAAGAAAAUACUAUGAAAGAAGAGCUGUCAUCCCUGCCUGGCCUGAAGGAGGAGCUGGAGUCGCUGAGGGCCAGAGUGACCGAACUGUCCCAACUCACUGCAGCCAACCAGGAUACAGCCCCACUGCCCUCAAGCCCAACUCCACCACCUACUGGUCAACCUGGAAUUAGCAACCAGAGUAGCACCACAGUAGUGCCCGAAAGGAGUGACCUGAGAGAGGGUGCCAGGGUGAAGGAAGAGCUUCAGAGGCAGAAGGUGCUGUUGGAGGAAAGCAGGAAGAGACUGGAGGGGAGGAAGAAGGAUGAAGGAUACCAGAAGAGUGUAAGGGAGAGCCUGGCUGAUAUCCAGAGGAGGCUCAGUGAGCAGGUGGAGAAGAUGGGGAGGAUUGAGGGCAAGAAAAAGCAAUGGGAAAGCAGGAACAAGGAUGGGAAAAAAGGCAAGGACUACAGCAAAGGCCACUGGAAAAAGGAAGAGAAGGAGUGGAAGGGAGAGAAGUACUGGAAACACUGCAUGGAGGGCAGAUGGAAGGAGAAAGAUGAGAGGGACUGGAAGGCUAACAAAGAGAACUUUCAUAAAGAGGCCUGCAAGAAAUCCCAGGAUAAAUGGGAGAGGGAGAAGAACGAGCGCAGGCUGGACAGGGAUAAAAGAAAGCAGGAGAGGCUCUGGCAGUCCAGGAAAGACUACAAGAAAGAGUCCAAUCACCAUCAACAAGACUCCAACUAUCAGGAGCAACAUCAGCCCCACCAAUAUGAACACACCAGCUUCUGGAAGCACCAGGAAGAGAAACUUGGACGCAACAUUCGCCCCCUGGCGGGCUGCAGCAGUGUUGAGGACUGCGCUAGCCAGGAAGGGCUCGUUCCCGUGGAACUGUCUGAAUUUGAGGAGUUGUUAGAUGGCUACCUGAGCAAGCUGGAGGGGGCUACGUCAGACAGCAAGGCCGAGAUCCAGAAGCUGGCCGCCAUGUUUUUCCGAGACAGUGUGUUCGUCCAUGACAAAGUUCUCUUCAGUGACUUUGUUGAAGAUGUGGCGGACAUUUUAGAGGACAUGGUGGACAUUUUGGAGGAUGAUGACUCCCUGGAGGAGGCGAUGGAGUUUGAGCGAGAAGCUUUGUGGAAGUUUGCAGCCACUACAUAGAUAGAAAUAAUCCAGAAGAAGAUGCGACAUCAAGAUACAGCACUGGUAUUCCAUGGUGGUAUACAGCAGGUGUUUUAAAGUUUCAGAAACAAGGAGUGAUCUUGCAUUUCGUAAACAUGUCCCUAUCUCUGCAUCUAUAAUUAGCUGAAAUCGUUCUUGUCUUUUGGGACUCGGUCGUUACCUCCUUAUGUCAGUUCAUGUCAUGUUUUCAAUUCCAAGCCCUACAUGUUGACAGUUGUGUGGACUUGAUUUGCAUAGUGUUUGGCACGUGUAAUGUCGCAGUUCAAGAUUAGAACAGGAUAAGAUUCACAGCAAUGUGAACUCUAUGUUCCCACAACAACUGAUUGCCAAUCAGUCUCUCCUCUGUCAUCGUCAGGAUCAGAUCUAGUUGAACCGGUUCUAUCAGCUCUGAUAGCUUCGGUUGUAUCAGCUCUAUACAGUGCUGUGUAGGCGCUAGGCCCUUAGUGGUUGGUUUCUGUUUUUUGCUAAUUGUCUUACCAUUUGAGUAUAAUGGUCGGUGAAAGCACAACAUUCUGGAACAUUUUAAUGAAAGCAGAAGGUGCCCUGCCAAGCCAGGACGGGGGCCCAGCUUUGCUGCCUCAAUCGCUUUGGCACAAGCAGGAGUUCUUACUACUUAUUCACACUGAGCUCAUGUGGUGUCCUAACGUGGCAGGAAUCAAUUCUAAUAUAGCUCAGUGUACUAUGCUGAGUCAGACAUUCAUAAAGGAGUGCAAAACCAAAUUGGCAAUUUGACACAUCUGAACUAUUGUUUUUGACACAUUUUGAUCAGUCAAUGGUAUUUUCAAUAAGCACUCUUAUUGGUUGCAUUUUCCUUUUUAUAGUUAUUUUGAUUACGGUGAUAUAACCUGGAAAAUAUGUCUGAGAUCGGUUUAACUGAUGUUUUGUCACGUAAUGCCAUUUACCUUGAGUUCAUGCAAGAUUUCAAAGUCAAACUAAGUACAAGGUUAUGACAUUAGUUCAUAUUAAAAGAAAUGGAUGGUACUUUACAAGAGUUGAA